AUGAAUUCAAUACUGAGGAAAUAUCUACAGUAUAUUCAAGAUACUGUUGAUAUUAUUCAAGUAACAAUUGAUCAUUUAGAUUUGUCUGAAAAUUUAUCUAAUAGUGAGAAGUUGUUGUUUGUAAACUUAGUCGAGAAAUUAGAAAAUUUAAUACUGUGGAGUAAAUCUUCUUUAUAUGGUAAUGAACAAUUAAUUUAUAAUCCCGAAAUUAAAUAUAAUAUUGAUAAUACAAAUGACUCUACUUGUAUAACUCAUGCUGUAAAAAAUAUUUUAAUAGUUGAAUCUUCAGAAGAAAAUGAAUUGUGUGAAUUACAUAAUAAUGAAGCUUUAUCUACUAUAACCAGAAAAGUAUUGCCAAAAAUUUGCUCUUUAACAAGACAAGUAUUUCAACAUCCAUUUUCUCAUAGAUAUAUUAAAGAUUCAAAUAUAAAUUUGGAAAAUAUAUGUAAAAACCAUGUAUUUGAAAAAGAAGCAAUAAUGAAGUAUUUGGGGAAACAUAAGAAGAUGGUUUGCCCAAUAGCAGGCUGUAAUAAAUUAAUAAUAAAAAGAUUUCUUACUGAAGAUGUAGAAAUUUCUGACAUUAUUAGAUUGGAGUCUCUUAAUACUUCAUCUACAUUAGGUAUUAGAUCCAAUAAUGUUUCAACUAGUUUUGAGAAUGAAAGUGCAUUUGACUUAACUAAAUAA